UUUUGUCACGUGACAGUCCUGCUUCCGUAUCAGUGCUGAGAGCUGGAUUGACUGCUGAAAUCCUGCAGGCAAGCAAGAAUAGAAACCGAUACUGACAGCUGCCAGACGACUCCUCAGUCUGUGUUUGAAAUGUUUCCAUCCUCCUGUGACACCUUUGUGGCUCUGCCUCCUUCCUCUGAGGGACAGCGCAUCAUUUUUGGGAAAAACUCGGACAGACCCUGCGAUGAAGUCCAAGAGGUCGUGUAUUUUCCCGCCAGAGACUAUGGUCCAGAGGAGAAGGUUGAGUGCACAUACAUACAGAUCGAGCAGGCUGCCCACACCUAUGCAGUUGUGCUGAGCAAGCCGGCAUGGCUGUGGGGGGCUGAGAUGGGUGCAAAUGAGCAUCAAGUGUGCAUUGGGAAUGAGGCAGUAUGGGGCAGAGAGAGCGCUGAUGGAGAGGAGGCUCUGCUUGGAAUGGACCUUGUCAGACUUGGUCUUGAGCGAGCUGACACGGCUGAGAAAGCUGUUGAUGUUAUCGCUGCGUUGUUGGAGAUGUACGGUCAAGGAGGCUCAUGCAUGGAAGAUCAGAGUGAGUUCACCUACCACAACAGCUUCCUCAUCUCAGACCGAAAGGAAGCGUGGGUACUGGAAACAUCCGGGAAGUACUGGGCAGCAGAGAGAGUGCAAGAGGGAUAUCGGAACAUCUCUAACCAGUAUGGAAUAACAACAAAGAUAGACAAGGAGCAUCCAGGAAUGAGGGAAUACGCUCUGAGCAAAGGAUGGUGGGACGGGAAGUCAGAGUUCAACUUUGCCACGGUCUACUCCUUUCUGACGACAGCCAGAAUAGAGUCUGCUGGGACUCGGUACUGCGAGGGGAAGAGCUUGUUGGAAAAGAGAAACGGCCACAUUACUGCAGAGGCAAUGAUGGAUAUUCUGCGAGAUAAAGACAGUGGCAUCAAUAUGGAGGGCAUGUUCAUGACAACAGGAAGCAUGGUGUCUGUGGUACCCACGAAUCCAACUCUGCCAGGAGUUCACUACUUCACGGCAACUCCAGAUCCAGAGAGGUCUGUUUUCAAACCAUUUGUGUUUGUGAAAAACGCACGUGAGUGGAAGGAGACGUCCUCCCCCAGUUUUGGUCCAGAUGAUCCCGCAAAGAAGAAACCCCGCUUCCAGAGCAAACCAGACCGCAAACAUCCAUUGUUUGUGAAGCAUGAGGUUAUCGCCGCCAUCAUUGAAUCUUACAAGGAAAAAGGACAGAAAAUCACAGAAAAUCUGAGGCAGCUUGAGAAAGAGACAAUGAAAAAGAUGGAGAAUAUUCUCGCAGUGGGUGUGCAACAGCCUGAUGACUAUGUGAACCUGUUCUCUGAGUGUGUCCAGACGGAGCUGAGUGUUUACAGCAAAGGUUAAGAGCUGUGUGAGAUUAAAAAAGUGCAGCAGUGUGUUUCCUAAUGUGCUGCUUGGAGCCAGAUUUAAUUACCCACAUGGAUAUUGGAUGAACCAGUAAACAAACAUAACCGAACUUAAUAAAAUCAAUGCACAGAACUACACAUGAAUCCAUCAUAAACUUGUUACUUUUAUUAAGUGAACCAUUGAUUGUAAAAGUACAGAAAAAAACCUUUAUGUAUAUUUAAUUUAUAUUAUAGUUAAAUGUGCAGCAUUUGGCAGAACACACUACAAAUUUCAUUGGAAGUUUAUUAAAGAAGGAUUUAUUAAAAACUUGCAACAAAAUUAAUAAAACAAUCUCAAAAAACAGACAAUUCAUCUCUUUAUUUAAAAAUAAUUAAAAUAGCAGCAUUAAACUUUAUUUAACAAGAUUUAUGUGUUAGAAGUUAGUCAAGAUGAACAUUUUCAAGUCAACAGCGGAACAUUUUCUACAAUUCAAUCAUCAGAUUGGCUAGUUGGACAUAUUGAUCGUCUUGGUCUUCAGCUGCAAAUCAAUCAAGGUUUUCAUUUGUCUUUUAAAUGCAUCUUCCACAAACAUGGACAAGAAGCUGAACAUUUCCCUUCAAGAACAAAUAUGAAGAUUUCAGGAUUAUGUGCUGAAAGAAAUACAGUAGUACCGGUGCAUUAGGGUGAUUGUAGCUUAAUUAUGUCUAUCUAGCUAUGCUCCUUGGAGGAGUAUAUUUCUACCCAAAAAACAGCAAUUUUUAGAUUAAUUUUGCAUAAGUACAAGAAAAAAA